CCGGAAUUAUCUUCCUCCGGAUUGUAGUCGGACUUUUGUCAUUGUUCAGAGAGGAAGAGACUGUAGAUUCAUCAGUGUUCGUCGUAUCAAUGGGGCCCUCCGUAGAAGCGAUUUGCUCCGUCUCGGUCUCUGUUUUGCUUGAUCCGGAAGCUAUGAUUGGAAUAAACAGAAACCCUAUAUUUUGCGUAAGCCGAAUACUUUUGUGAGUUUUAAGUUGCAUUAUUUAUAGAUGGGAUCGAACUUGGGCUUAAUCAAAGGAGAAGGCCCAUUUAUUUCCAAA